AUGGUGGGCGUUCCUGGCAGAUCAAAGGGAUGCGUUACCUGUCGCCGGCGCAAGAAGGGCUGCGAUCAAAAUGUCCCCUCAUGUCAUCAAUGCAUACGAUCAGGCCUAGAAUGCGGAGGCUAUGAACGAGACCUUGUUUGGGUCAACAGCACGCCGGAUGAAAAUAGCAAGGCUCUGCCGACAACGACUCAAUUCAGGGGAACAAUCCCGUCAAGAUCGGUACCUCAACAGCGGCCAUGGAGAGUCAUUUACUCAACCAAAGGCGCAAACAAUAACAACACCAACAUUACUCUCCACGAUUCGCUCACUCGAUCAGCUCGAGAGGAACUUUACUUUAGCAAACUCAUCUCCACAGCACUUCCCUACGGUCACCUACUAUCAGCUAGCGCUUCGGAUGUAUUGACCAACGGAUGGGUCUCGGCGGUCAAGGCAUACUAUGACGAAGAGCCGGCUAUUCGAUACGCUUCGCUGGCAAUGAGCGUGGGCUUUAUGGGUGUUGAUGAGCGGAAAAAGCAAAUCCCACAAUCCAGCCAAAUGACUCUCCAGGGCUUUGAAGCCUACAACAAAGCUGUCGUACAAAUGGUCAGGGGAUUGAAAGAUUCAACGCGGUCCAAGAACAAUGGCAUCAUCGUCGCCGCCAGAAUAUUACAGUUUUACGAGCUAUUCUUUGGAAAAGCACCCGACUGGCGGGCUCAUAUAGAGGGCCAGUUGGCUCUUUUUUUGGCCAGAGGCCCGGAAUCUUUUGUAUCUGGCCAAUCACACCAGCUAUAUGUUGACGGUCGAAUCCUGAUUGUCAUGUUGUCAAUCGGAAGACGAGCCAAAUCUCCGCUCCACACAGAAGCUUGGCGAACAAUUCCGUGGCGCGAUAUACCCAAGUCGACCAAAGACAAGCUGAUCGAUAUCCUGGAAGAUGUGCCAUUCAUGCUGAUCGCCUACGACGAACUUCGCGCCUGUCAGGAUCCCGAGCGUUUCGACGAACUCCGCCAUACUGUGAUGCUUAACUGUCACCACAUUGCACUGAGCUUAGAUAUCUGGGAACAGGAAGCUGGGCCGAUUCUCCAACAGUUCGACUAUACGUUUGCCGGCUCUCCUCUACCCACGCCCAAAGACGAUACUGAGUUUGGGCUUGUGUAUAUCUCGGGAUGCUAUUGGGGCGCUCGCCUGAUGCUGUACAGCACCCUUGGGAUGACAUUGGCUCAUUCGGCCGGAGCUAUGAGCCCCGGAACCGAUAGCAUUCCAUCUCUCGGUGGCGGCUCUCCGGCCUCGCCCGCAGGUACGGCAUCUACACCAGCCACCUCACCGGGGCAGGCAUCUGAAAGGUCCUCCGGGCCAUACUACUCUGCUCCUCCGCCCAAGAUGGAAAACCCGGGCAUCUACGCGAGGAAGAUCGCCCACAUGGUACACCUCCUGUACGAACCUGCCGCCGGUGCGAUGCAGGGCGCCUCGGGUCUUUUCCCCCUGGCCCUUGCGCUGCGCUACUUUGCAACAACCGAGCCUCCCGGUCAAAGGAGUCCCGAGUCUGAAAUGCUGUAUAAGCUAUACCGCAAACCUUUUGUUGGUACCUUUGUUGGACGCUUUCUUAAUGAUCUCCAGGGUUCUCAACAAGACGACGAGGCGAAGCGUGAUGUCGAAGCCAAAGCCCAGCGGAAUAUCUUCUGGUAUGCUGUUUUGGGCACGGAAAAUAUUGUGCGUGUUGGAGAGAAGGGGAAAUAA